AUCGCAGACCUGUGCCAUCAUGAAGGUGACGCUUCUCGUUUUUGCUGCGGUCCUGUUCCUGGCUGAGGCAGCAGUUUCGGCCAUUGAAGAGCACGAUCUUGUUCUGGAUGUCUUGAGGAAUGUCAAAAGAGCCGCAGAUCGUGAAAACGUCCGCCAUGAGAUUGAAGAAAUUAUACGACAUCUUGAAAUUCUGAAUAGCUAUCUCGAAGGUGACGAGGAACUACAAGAGCUUGCCGCGCGACAACUCAGUGUAACCACUGGCACGGACGGAAGCACGACCGUUGGAGUGAACAUCCCGCUAGGUCUGGGCAGUAUAGGCGGCUCUUUCACCGUCGACAAACAUCACUUCCCUAGUGGUGGAAGUCUAAGCGGGACUAUUGGAGCUGGGGUCCAAGGUUCGGGCAGUAUCGGGUAUGACAAACAUAACGGACUUGGAGGAUCUCUCGGCAUUGGUCUCGGGGCUGAUGGGUAUGGCACAGAUGCGCAUGUGGGUUGGAGCCAGCACGGAGGAUUAACCACAGGUGUUGGUAUAAAAGCCGGACCAGUCGGCACGUCACUCGACCAUAGUGGAAGCGGCUGGAGCUCGUCGUUUGGACUAUCCGGCGGCGGUACUCCCAGCGGAAGCAGCGGUGUGCACUCCUCAGGAGGAUUCCUGUUCGGGAAGCGAGAAGUGGAGUAACGAGUCUCUGCUAUAGCAGUCUACACGACUCGG